AAUGUUGAUAUGGUCAAUGGACUAAUCAAUCAACUUUGCUAAAUACAACUAUUUGGAGUAAACACACUGAAGACAAAGGGAAACAUUACUCACAACCAAUUGAGAACCUACUAGUUUUAUUAGACCUACUUGACUCAAAACUAAUAGUGGAUUUAGCUCUUCAGUGUCAUUGUUUUUCCUCCUCAAUAAGAGAUAGCGUUAUUUCUUUGUUAUGAAUAUAUGUAAAGACAUGCUUAUCUUUUAACCGGAUUGGGACUAUAACAUCUGUAUAGCUAUAGUGUUUAUGCAGCAGGUUGAGGUAAUGUUUCUGUUAAAGUUAAAUUUUUUCCUUUCAGGUUUCUCAUUUUUUACGUUUGGUACCUUAAAGAGUGUGGGACUUGCCCAAGCGCCUGCCCUCCUCGGGAGGCCUUGCUUAGAUAAUCCCGAUGUCUUAGUUUUGAAAACUCAUGUAAAUUUGCUGUGUGGUGGCAUAGCUGGAGCAAUAGCACAGACAAUAUCAUAUCCUCUUGAUGUAACACGAAGGCGAAUGCAGCUAGGAGCAAUUCUUCCAGAUUCAGAGAAGUGCCUUACAAUGAUACAGACACUGAAAUAUGUUUAUGGAAACCAUGGAAUACGAAGAGGAUUAUAUAGAGGAUUAUCUCUGAAUUACAUUCGAUGCGUCCCUUCACAGGCUGUUGCUUUCACCACUUACGAAUUUAUGAAGCAGUUUUUGCACCUCAAUUAAAGACUCUGAAGUGUAACUGAAAAAUAUUUCACCUGUUUUCAUAUUGCAUUUCAUGAUAAUUUCCCAUUUCAAAUCAUUAUUGACAAAUUGCUGGUAUUUAUAGUACUUUCUUUAGUUAAAAAUAUGAAGUAUAAAUUGAAUGUUGCUCAGUAAUGUUGGAUUAAGUAGUUGAUAUGCAUAUAAUAUAUAAAGAUCUUUGGGGGAAAUAAAAAUGGAGCAAACUUGUUACAAGAAGGAAAAUACUUUAUAGUGGUUGCAGAGCAUUGCAUUUUUAUCCUAUUUUGAGGUUUGCUUGUACAUUUUUUAAGGAUUUAUGUAUCCACUUUUUUAAAAACGUGCUUACAUACUAUCACUAAAAUGUAAUAGAGAUCACUUGGAGAUGCAUAUGGAAAGUCUUACCACUGCAUUUGGCAUUUCGUUUACGUGAAACAAGUUCAGGGGUGAGGUAUCAUUCUUAUUGCACAAACUACUUACUUUCGAGUCCGUUUUAUAAAACCCAUUUGUAGGUUAGCAUUUAAUUUUUAUUAUAAUUUUCUAAUAGGUAGAAUGUAGACAACAUAAUGCUUUAUUUUUGAUACAAACUUCCUUGGCUGGGAUACAAAAUGGUGCAAGCCCAAUUGAAUACUUGACUUCGUUUUCUUUGAAUAACUGAUUCUUCCUACCAAAUUGCUUUUGAAAUUCCCAUAUGUCUUGGUGUGAUGCAGGAGAUACUACUAUAAGCUUUUCAAUAUUGAGGGGAGGUGUUUGGUCCUUCUCUCAAUAUCGCCCUAUUUCAGCUGCUCUUAGCUCUUUAGGAUAGAGGG